CAGGUACGUCAGUCGACCCUUUUGGUACACUUGCAACGAAACGGCUCUAAUUAGUUCGGUGAAUUCAGACAAGAUUCGAAGAACUUUUGAGUUUCAGUUAUGUUCACCUAAUUUUCAUGCUGCUGGGUUUGUCCUCCAAGGACGGAUGGGGAAAAUGCUACCUUGUUGGCGUCAUUUUAAAAUGCACGGAAGUUGAAAGAGAUGCAUCAUGGGAAAACAUGGCUGGACAUGUGACUGGAGCAAGCCAAAAAGUGAGCUAUUAUGUUGCAAACCUUUCCUUCCAGUUACUGCUUUGUACCACUAUAGACAUGUCCACCUGAGCGGGGACAGCGCCGGCAGGCUCCAUGGCACAUUCAUCAGAGAAGCCCCCCGGCACACAGGGGAAGUCUCACUCGGCUGCACGCAACAUUGUACGCAAGAAGGAGCAGCGACGGCGGCGAGGAAUCCGAUCUUCCUCACCGAUGGGCCGCGUCAUUCUUAUCAACUCACCAGUGGAUGGUGGUGAUGACAGCGAGGACCUCCACACUAUCACGGUGGACAAAAGCCAGGAUGGCAAGCUAGGGUUCAGUGUGCGUGGCGGCUCCGAGCACGGACUGAGCAUCUUCGUCAGCAAGGUGGAAGAUGACAGCACGGCAGAGGAGGCCGGCUUGCUAGUGGGCGACAAGCUUGUGGAGGUAAACGGCGUCAGCCUGGAGAGCAUCACCAUGAGCAGCGCCGUCAAGGUUCUGACGGGAAACAACAGGCUGAGAAUGGUAGUGAGGCGCGUGGGCAAGGUGCCCGGGAUCCGCUAUUCUAAGGAAAAGACCACCUGGGUGGAUUUGAUCCACAGGCGCAUGGUGGUGGAGGAAAGUGGGCGUACGCCCUCAGACGCUAGCGCAGGAAGCGCCCUUCGCAGGAUCGUCCACCUGUACACAACAUCCGACGACUACUGUCUGGGCUUCAACAUUCGGGGCGGGAAGGAGUUUGGUUUAGGCAUUUACGUAUCCAAGUUGGACCCCGGCGGCCUGGCCGAGCAGAACGGGAUCAAGAUGGGUGACCAGAUCCUGGCCGCCAACGGCAUCAGCUUCGAGGACAUAAGCCACAGUAACGCUGUGGAGGUGCUAAAGAGCCACACACAUGUCAUGCUCACUAUCAAGGAGGCUGGUCGCUACCCUGCUUACAAGGAGAUGGUAGCAGAGUACAGAUGGCUCAACAAGUUGGCCAACGGGGGUCAGAAAUCUUCCUCGCUGACCUCCGAGUCCAAUUCAUCAGCGUCUUCACUGUCCUCAGAGACACCAGUCAGUUCUCUUAGUGGCUUGUCUCAGGUCAUGUUCCCGCCUAUUCUGCCGUUUGGUUGUGACAUGGUGGAUGUUUGCAUCUCCACUGAGGACCAAAGGUACGAGUCCGACCGUAGCGAGGCCGCCAUCCAGACUGACACCACCCGCAGCCGAGGAGCCACCACGCUGCUGCGUGACACGGCCAUCGGCCGGCUGGAGGACGAGGAUGAGGGCGUUCCCAAGAGGGAAUCUCGCAAGACAGCGGUGCUUCUGGCCCUCAGCAGACCAAGUCGACCCAUCAGUCGCUCGCAGAGCCAAGUCACCAUAGCAGAGAUCACCCAGAAGAAGGCCAAAAAGCAGAAAGGAGAGAAAAACUCGGGAGAGAAGAGUGCGCUUCAGCGCUCCAAGACUUUGGUCAACUUGCUUUUUGGUGGCGUGCGCAAGAGGGGGGCCUCCAGGGGGCGCUCCAAGUCACUAUCUACUGACAAAGGUUUGAACCUUGGCUGCGGUCCGACUGUUGCGGCAUUUCCGGAGGACACCCUGCGAGCAGUGGAGGAGUUGGCGCAGCGCCUGUUGACAGAGGAGGAGACGGAAGCAGUGAUGAAGGCAUGUCGGACGUAUGUAGAAGAAAGGAGUGUAGAGACGUUAAUACGCCACCUGCUGGCCGUGCUGGACAGGCCUGAAAAACUACUGCUGCUCAGGGAGGUCAGAAUGCUACUUCCUGCCGCCCACCUUCAAGAAUUCAACAGCACUGUAGAAGCAGUAGAGGUAGAGGCAUACGACAUCCUCAAGUACCGCUCAGUCCGAACACCACCUCUCCGCUCUCCCGCAUCAGGCCGAGCGCCUAAACGUCGCCUCAUCACACCCAUACCAGAUUUGCGAGGAGGCUUCGAGUUGCACAGUGCCACCUUGGUGGAAAAGCAGAGUCACCUGGUGGACAAACUGGAGAAGCUCAGUCUAUCUGGGCCGCGGGCUUCUAGACAGAGGCGGCGCCGACCCGCUGCCCAAUUUACGCCACUGCUCGACAUUCCGGUGGACGGGUAUCCAUUCACAGAGGAGCACAAACACUCACCUGCAAUUGUCCCCGAGCCUAACUGGCUGCUUGCUACCGAACCGGACGUCAGUAGCGAAGGCUCUGCGCACUUUGAAAACAUCUCACUUUCGGGACGUCUGAAUGGCCGUCAGUCUCCGCUACAGUAUGAACUUCAAACAGUCAACAUCUCUAAAACAAAACAGUCGCUAGGUAUCAGCAUAUCCGGUGGGAUAGAGUCCAAAAUCCAGCCAGUGGUGAAGGUGGAGAAGAUCUUCCCAGGAGGAGCCGCUUCUACCUGCGACGUGCUCAAGGCCGGCUUCGAGGUGGUGAGCGUUGAUGGUGCGUCGCUGCAAGGCGUCACACACCAGCAGGCCGUCGACCUUAUCCGGAAAGCCUUCAGCGACAAGGCCAAAGACCCCAUGGUGCUGGUGGUCAAAGUGCCCUGCAAACCUCCAAAGCAAUCUAGUGGUCAAUGAUGGCCAGAAGUCGCCAUUUUAGAAACAAGAACAGUUUAACAGUGUAACCUUUAAUAACAACACAAAAUGUACAGCAUGGUGAAAAUAAACAUUUAUAUAUCUAUUUGUACUGUGGAAGCCCAACAAACAUCCAGUAUGAAAACAGGCCUUGCAGAAACAAUUCUUUGGUCUAUUCACAGUGACGAGUGCAUUCGAGAAUUAUUUACAAACGGAAAGCAGCCCAAAAUGCUUGUGUGAGUUCAAAAGGUUCAGCCAUCUUAAAGAUGGUAGGAGACGAGGAGUGGGCAAACUCAUACUCAAGGGACCACACAUUUGAUUUUAUAUUUUAUCAACAGAGGCCAUCAUUAGUAGAUUGAGGUGAAUUUAAGCAUGACUCAUUUUAAUUAAAUCUCAGUUUUGAUUAUUUAAAAUUAAUAACAGAUAAUACAGUAUUUUAAUAUAUGUAAAAUAUAUUAAUUAUACAGGGUGGGGCAGAGCAACUUGCUUAUUUAAAUUUGGU